AUGCCUCCGCUUACGAAGUGCAUGGUUGCGCUUCGUCAGUUGGCCUACGGCACCACGACGGACAUGUUCGACGAACAUCUUCACGUUGGGGAUACAACUGGCCGGGAGUGUCUGGCAAAAUUUUGUGAGAGCGUGGUUGACGCCUUCGACACCACAUAUUUGUGCAAGCCGAAUGUCGAAGAUUCAUGGAAAGGCCAAUUUACCAAUGGGUAUAGGGGUACCCACCCAACGAUGAUCCUUGAAGCCAUCCUUGACCACCGUAUUUGGAUCUGGCAUGCUCACUUUGGCAUGGCGGGGUCAAACAACGAUAUCAACGUGUUGAACACGUCGAGUCUCUUCACCGAGCAAUGCAAUGGCAACGGUCUGCUUAUCGAGUUCACUACCAAUGGACGGCAGCAUCAUAUGGGGUACUACUUAGCCGAUGACAUGUAUCCGAGAUGGCCAGUCUUCUUGAAGACGAUCUCCUGCCCAACGGAUCCGAGGAGCAGGGGCAAAGCUACGUUGGGGCUUGGGGGGCCCAAGGGCCCCCCAGCCAUUGAAAUUUCCGCUGUAAAACCACAGCUUUAUAUCGCCAAUGUCAUGUACGCGUGCAUCAUCUUGCACAACAUGAUUAUUCACGAUGAAGGUACAAGAGCUGGCGAUUGGUCCGACGAUGAAGCUGAAUCGAGCGUAGGUCAUACAACCCCGCCGUUCAUUCGGGGUUUACCUAUGGAGUCAAUGAGAGAUUACAAGUAG